AUGGCUCGUCAAAGGACUACUAUCGGCCAGAAUAAGCCGAAAGAUAUCGAUUCCCUCCCCGCCGAGCUCCUGGAGGAGAUCUUCCAUUGUUGCAUAGAAGCCAACACGCCCUGGCACAGCACCAAAGACACCUGGCGCGCCGAGCGACGCUCCAUCUCCACCUCCAUUACUCCGUUGGGCGUUCCCAAAUGGAUCACCCUCACCUACGUCUGCCGGCGCUGGCGCCGCGUCGCGCUUCGCAACCCUCUCUUCUGGCUGCACAUCCCCACCACCAUCUCCCUCCCCUGGAUUAACACCUACCUCGCCCGCUCGCGCAACCAAUCAUUGACUAUCGACCUCGACGUCGUUCACAUCGCCCCAGACGCAUUCAGCUCGCUCGCCACCGCCGUGGCGCCGCGACUCAAAGCGCUUUACCUCGGCCGCGCGGGCUUCGAUCACAGCGCCAUCACCCUCGAGCGAUACUGCGCCCCGCUCGCGAGCGUGCCCAUGCCGAAACUCGAGUCGCUCGUGCUCGACAUCAGUGUGCCCGACUGCGAGCUCCUCGACACCCUCUUCGCGUCCCAGGCGCCGCGCCUCCGCAGGCUCUGGCUCGGCCCGGGCGUCUUCGUGCGCCCGAUCUCAACUCUCCUCCCGAACCUGAGGUACCUCAAACUCCAGACGGCGCUCUCUGUGCCGGAGCUGCUUUCAAUCGUCAAUCAAACGCCGCUCCUAGAGACGCUGUACAUCGGUGACCUCCUGCUCUCCGAGUACGCGUUUCGCGACAUCGGCACGCUCCCUAGAGAUGCGAGAGUGAACCUUGCGCACCUCGCGCAUCUGACGAUCAAGCCGAGCCAGGAGACCCAUCCCGCCAUGUUCGUCGACGUGUUCGAAGGACUUGUACUCCCCGCGACCGUGCACGUCGACGUCAGCAUGACCAUCGAAGCGCCCGAGGAG